AUGGCCAAACCUGAGCCGAGUAGUGGGAAACAGCAUAUUAGCGAGAAGCCUGUGACCCUCAAUAACUGGUACCAGCAUGUCAACUGGGUCAACACAACUCUGAUCCUGAUCGUGCCCGUCGGUGGCCUCGUGGCUGCAUUUUAUACACCGCUGAGGGCAAUCACUGCUGCUUGGGCAUUUGUCUACUACUUCUGGACAGGACUGGGUGUGACUGCCGGCUACCAUCGUCUAUGGGCACACAGAUCGUACGAAGCUUGUCUUCCAAUUCGAAUCUUCCUCGCAUGUGCCGGCGGUGGGGCUGUCCAGGGCUCAAUCCGGUGGUGGAGCAGUAAACACAGGGCACACCACCGAUGGACCGACACAGUCAAGGACCCAUAUAGUGUCAUGAAGGGUCUUUGGUAUUCACAUUUCAUGUGGAUGGUUCUGAAUCAGAACCCAAAACACCGUGGUAGGACCGAUAUUUCAGACUUGAAUGAGGAUCCCGUCGUCGUCUGGCAGCACAGGAACUAUGGAUCCGUCAUCUUGGUGUUCGGCAUGUUGUUCCCUAUGCUCGUUGCUGGCCUGGGAUGGGGUGAUUGGAAGGGGGGUCUUGUCUAUGCUGGAAUUCUUCGGUUUUCAUUCGUGCAGCAAGCCACAUUCUGUGUCAAUUCUCUCGCUCAUUGGUUGGGUGAGCAGCCAUUCGAUGACAGGAACUCACCUCGUGAUCACGUUGUUACUGCUUUGAUAACUCUCGGUGAAGGUUACCACAACUUCCACCACGAGUUCCCCUCUGACUACCGCAACGCUAUUGAAUGGUGGCAGUACGAUCCGACGAAGUGGUCAAUCUGGGUGUGGAAACAGCUUGGUCUGGCUACCAAUCUCAAGCAGUUCCGAGCCAACGAAAUUGAAAAGGGCCGUGUGCAACAACUACAGAAGAAGCUCGACCAGAAGCGUUCCAAACUAGAUUGGGGUGUUCCCCUGGACCAGCUGCCUGUUGUGGACUGGGAUGAUUUCAUUGCAGAGGCUCAGAGUGGCAAGGCUCUGGUUGCCAUUGCUGGUGUUGUUCACGAUGUGAGCACAUUUAUCACGGAGCACCCUGGUGGUAAAACGCUCAUUUCAUCGGCGAUCGGGAAGGACGCUACUGCCAUUUUCAACGGUGGUGUCUACACUCACUCCAACGCCGCCCACAACCUCCUUUCUUCAAUGAGAGUUGGGGUGAUUCGCGGUGGUGGUGAGGUGGAGAUUUGGCGUCACCAAAACUACCAAAAAGGUGUUUAUGUUUAA